CAAUUUACAGGUAUUCGCUGACAGUGCACGUGUCUAAAUAUGUAAUUUUUGGCAGUGCAUUUGAAAAGGAUUAGGAAGCAUUUCACGAAGAUGGAUGUAAAACUUAUGUAACUUUGGUGUAAAUCCUGUUAUUAGAAAUCAGUUAGGGAUACAAGUUAUAACGCAUAGAUAGAUAGUUGAUAUAUCACAGUUGUGUUUAUCGAAAACGAGAAUAUCUCAGGAAUGCAACAACCACUUACAAAUUCAGAAGCAGUGAGAAGAUGCUUUACUAUUCCACAUGCUCCAUUAUCUAGUCAAGUAAACAGAUAUGAUUACGAACCACGCCCACCAUACGCAGGAUUAAACCAUAUAUAUUCCAGACCUCUCUCAGCACCAACAUAUCAUGGAAGUCGAUCAUACUCUGUCCCCACCCCACCCCCACACAGAAAUAAUAACAAUUUAUACAACAGACAUAAAGAAUCAGACGUCAGUAGAAGAGCACCAUACGCACCUCGAAGAUUUGAUAGUACUAUAAAUACAACUGCAGGGUUUGCUAAAGUUGAAAAUUAUGGGAAAUCCCCAUCUCUGCCGUCAUAUGAUCCUCUUAAUGAUGUUCAUUUGGUUGAUUAUUUUGAAAAAAGGUUUGGAUCCAUGCAGCUUGAUGCCUUAUUACGCAGAAAGAGAUUACUAAAUGGAAAACGACCCUCGUCAGCUGGUUCCCUAACCCGUAGAUCAAAACCAUCAGAAGUAACUUAUAAAAUUGCUGUAGUAACUGGAAGUAAGAAAAAUUCUGGCACAGAUGCUAAAGUAUUUAUAAAACUAAAAGGUACAAAAGAUAAAUUACCGAAAACCAGAUUAACCAAAAAAGCAGGCUCCGUAAAAUCCAGUAGAGAUGUUAGUUUUAAAUUUGGAAAGGGAACAACACAUAUGUUUAAAAUAAAAGGUCCAGAAAUUGGUGAUCUAAAAUCUAUAGUCGUUGAGCACAAUGGAAGUCGGAAAGAAGACGCAUGGUUUUUACAAGAAAUUGAAAUCGUCAACACAAAAACGAAGAAAACAUGGAAUUUUAUUUGUAAUCAAUGGUUGUCAUUACACCAUGGUGAUGGACAAACAAUGAGAGAAUUAUUUGCUCAGAGGUCUGCAAAAACAGAAUACGAGAUAGUUACUGUUACUGGUGAUAGACCAAAUGGUGGAACAAAUGCAAACGUCUUUUUAACCUUAUAUGGAAAAACAGGAAUAACUCGAAGAUUUCACUUAAGAAGCUCAGAAAAGGGUUUGUUUGAUCGAGGAACAACAAAUUCAUUCAGAUUUCCAUCCAAUUGUGUUGGUCCUAUGAAAAAAAUUCGAAUAGAACAUGAUAAUACUGGUAUUGGAGCUGGUUGGUAUUUAGAAAGGGUUCAUAUAACUGAUGUUAAAAAUCCCCAGUGGAAAUAUUUUUUCCCAUGUGGUCAGUGGUUGGCUGCUGAUGAGGGUGAUGGUUGUAUAAGUAGAGAUCUGGUAGGAAGUAAAGAUCCAAAUGCUGUUAGAAGAGCUUCCAAGUAUAAAGUGACUGUUUUUACUGGAAACAAGAAGGGAGCUGGUACCGAUGCCAAUGUUUACAUCAUAUUAUUUGGAGAAUUCGGUGACUCUGGAGAGAAAAAACUAACGUCAAGAAAAAAUAACUUUGAAAGAAAUAAUGCUGAUGAGUUUUUCAUUGAAUGUCCAAAACUUGGUCGUUUAGAGAAAGUCCGGAUUGGUCAUGAUGAUUCUGGAUUUGGACCUGGCUGGUUUUUGGAGAAGGUUAUUGUUGAUGAUAUUGCUGUCUCUAAAGUUUAUGAAUUUCCGUGUCAGCGAUGGCUGGCAUCUGACGAAGAUGAUGGACAAAUUUCUAGGGAGCUGGUGUUGAAUGUGGGGCCGAAUGAUGCCGCUAAAGUUGGUGAUGAUGACGAUGAUGGUAUACCAUACAUUAUAACCGUGGUAACUGGAAACAAAGCCAGUGCAGGUACUGAUGCUCGCGUCUGGAUCAUUCUCUAUGGCGGGAAAAAUGGUGUGGAGUCCAGUGGAAAAAUAUGGCUGGAUUCAGGAGAAUUUAAGAAGGGCAAAACAGAUUUAUUUAAUGUUGGAAUUGCCAGGAUGCUCAGUCCCUUGUCUAAGAUUGAUAUCGGCCAUGAUAAUAAGGGUGUGGCUGCUGGAUGGUUUUUGGAGAGUGUAACGGUGUAUUGUCCUACAGCCGGAAUUGAACAGUUUUUCCCAUGUGGAAAAUGGCUGGCUAUGGAUGAAGGUGACCGAGUCAUCAGCAGAACCUUGACGGAACAAAAAUCUAAGCGUAUCAAGAAAACUAAAAAAGGAUCAUGGACAGUUUGGGUUUAUACGACGGACACGACUAAUGCUGGAACCGAUGCCAAUGUCUUUAUAUGUUUAUAUGGUGACAAGGGUAAAUCAGACGAUAUUCAAUUAGAAGGUAAAGGUGAUUCAUUCGAAGCUGGAAACAUGGAUAUCUUUAAUGUGAAUAUGUCUGAAGUCGGUAAACCCUAUAAGUUACGUGUUUGGCACGAUAAUAAAGGUAUAGCUGCUGGCUGGCACUUAGAUAAGAUCGAGAUAGAAAGUCAAGCUGCCCAAGAGAAAUAUAAGUUUGACUGUGGUCGAUGGUUGGCGACUGAUGAAGAUGAUAAAUGUAUAGUACGAGAAUUACCAGCAGAAGGACCAGGCAUUAAAACACCACUUAGAGUUGUACGUUAUAAAGUAGAAGUUUAUACAGGAAAUGUUAAAUAUGCUGGAACGGAUGCCAAUGUCUACCUCAAUAUAUUUGGUGAGCGCGGAGACACUGGUAAUCGCUUCUUGAAACACUCGGCAACAAACAUUAAUAAAUUUGAGAAGGGAACGCCAUUACAAAGAAAUCAGAUGGAUGAAUGUGAAAUAGAAGCUGUAUCAUUGUUAAAGUUGAAUAAGAUUAGAGUUGGCCAUGAUGGUACUGGACCAGGCAGUGGUUGGUUUUUAGAUAAGAUUGUAAUAAAACAAAUUGGUACCAAUAAAUAUGAUACAGCAUUCACUUGUAACAGAUGGUUAGCAGAAGAUGAAGAUGAUGGUCUUAUAGAAAGGGAGAUAACUGCCAGUGGCUCACAGAUGUUGAACACCACUUCCUACCAUGUCCAAGUUAAAACUGGUGACUGCCGUGGAGCUGGAACAGACGCAAAUGUAUUUCUUAAACUAUUUGGUUCUCAGGGUGACACUGGUCAAAUUCAGCUCCGUCAAUCAGAUAAUUCUAAUAAAUUUGAAAAAGGUCGUACAGAUCUAUUUAAACUGGAAGCAACAGAUAUUGGAAAGAUACAACGUAUCAAGAUUGGUCAUGAUGGAAGUAAACCAGGUGCUGGUUGGUUUUUAGAUAAUGUUAUUAUUGAUGUACCCUCUAAAGGUAAACAUUAUGAAUUCGCUUGUCAUCGUUGGUUGGCUAAAGAUGAGGAAGAUGGUCUCUUAGAACUGGAGUUAGAACCGUCCGUGGCCGAAGAUCGGGAGAAAACUAUACCAUAUGAAGUCACAAUCUGGACAUCGGAUACAUCCGGAUCUGGAACAGAUGCCAAUGUUUUCCUCCAGAUGUAUGGAGAAGGUGGAAAAACAGAGGAACGCAUCCUUAAAAGCAGAUCUGAUGAAUUUGAGCAGGGAAAAUGUGAUAAAUUUAAGAUUGAAGCUGCAGAUGUUGGACCAUUACAAAAGAUACGAAUUGGACAUGAUGGUGCUCGGAAGUUCGCUGGAUGGCAUUGCGAAAAGAUUCUCAUACAACGACUACCAACAUUAAAGAGAAAGAAAAGACGACCUACCUCUGCUUACAAUAGCGAUUCCGAUUCAACGAGUCCCUCCACAUCACCUCGACGACGUCAAUUAAAUCGCAGAAAAACGAAAUCAAACCUGGAAUCAGUAGAGGAGGUAGAUGAAGAUACUGAAGAUUAUUGGUUCUAUGUUAAUCGAUGGUUUGCUAAAGAUGAAGAUGAUGGCGCCAUCGUUCGAGAGCUCGUUCCAACUGAUAAACAAGGUCGUCCAUUAGCUGGUACCUUAAAAGAGGUAGAAUAUAUUGUAAAGGUUUAUACUGGUGAUGUGUCUGGUGCUGGAACAGAUGCCAAUAUAUUUGUUAACCUAUACGGAGAAAAUGGUGAUUCCGGCGAACGACAAAUGAAAGAUUCAAAUAAAAUGAAUAAAUUUGAAAGAAAUCAGGAGGAUGUAUUUAGUGUUAGAGCUAUAGAACUUGGUAAACUUGUCAAAUUAAAAGUUCGUCAUGACAACAAGGGAGGUGGUGCUGCCUGGUUUUUAGAUCGAAUAGAAGUAGUAGAUACUAAAAAGGACAGAAGUUAUUUCUUCCCAUGUCAAAGAUGGUUGGCAACUAAGGAGGAUGAUGGACAGAUUGCUAGAGAGUUGGUACCAGUUGAUAAAUCACUGAAGCCUAAAUUAUCUAGAAAAGAUUCACAAGCUAUCUAUAAAGAAAUUGCUUUAGAACAAAAAGCUGCCAUGACAACAUAUCAUGUUACUGUGGAAACAGGUAAACAAUGGGGAGCAGGAACUGAUGCUAAUGUGUAUAUUAUGCUGUUUGGAGAAAUAGAUGAUACAGGUAAAAUGUUCCUGAAGUCAUCAUCGACAAACAAAAAUAAAUUUGAAAAGGGACAGAAAGAUGAAUUUAUAUUAGAAGCUGUACAGAUUGGAGAUUUAAAGAAAAUAAGAAUUGGACAUGACAAUGCUGGUGGUGGCGGUGCUUGGUUCCUGGAGAAUGUUGUUAUAGAUGCUCCAUCUCUAGGUAAAAAAUGGGUGUUCCAGUGUGGUCGCUGGUUGUCGGAGAAAGAUGACGAUGGUAAAUUAGAAAGAGAACUCUACCCCCAGGAACUUGCCACAGAGGAAUAUAAUCCAUGUAUUCCGUAUGAGAUAACUGUAUAUACCACUAAAAAGGCAGGUGCUUCUACUGAUGCUGAUGUAUAUAUUGUACUAUAUGGUAGAGAUACAUGUACAGAACAAAAAUCAUUAUGUGCUACAAAGAGAGAACGAAAAGAAUGUUUCAAUAAAGGCAGUGUUGAUAAAUUUGUGGUCGAGCUGGAAGAUGUCGGUGAACCAAUUGAGAAACUACGUAUUGGCCAUGAUGAUUCUGGUUUAAUGGCAGGAUGGCAUUUAGAAAAGAUUGAAGUACGCAAACUUCAAGAAGGAGCACGGAAAAAACUUGGAACCACCAAGAAAAUGGGAUCCAUUACCUAUUCAUUCCCCUGUAAUCGUUGGUUGGCCAGAAACGAAGAAGAUGGUGCCAUUGAGAGAGAAUUAUUACCAGAAAAAGCUGUAAAAGAAGUGGUCAAUAAAGAUGGUGAAGUCCGAGCGAAGGAAGUUAAAAUAUCAGACAGACUCAAAGCCAAGAAGUAUACAGUCAAUGUUUAUACUGGUGAUAAAUCAGGAUGUGGAACAGACGCUAAUGUCUUCCUUAAUAUAUUUGGUGACCGUGGUGAUAUGGGAGAACGAAAAUUACAUCAAUCAGAAACACAUCGAGAUAAAUUUGAACGAAAACAGGUUGAUGUAUUUAAAAUUGAGGCAGCAGAUUUAGGAAAAGUAUAUAAAAUUAAAAUCCGACAUGAUAACUCAUUGAUUAAUCCAUCAUGGUUUUUGGAUAAAGUAGAAGUAUUAGAUCCUGAUGAAGAACAGCCGUAUGUUUUCCACUGUGAACGUUGGUUAGCUAGAAACAAAGAUGAUGGUAAAAUAGAAAGAACUCUGUAUGUCAAGGGUUAUGAUGGUGAUAUGUCGAGUACUGGUACCUUAAAGUCAACCAGAAUAGGAUCUGUAUCUAGUCUUGAUUCUAUACGUACCAAUGAUCCAUUUGGUAAAAGUCCCAGAUUAAAACGAUCUCAGCUUUCAUCAUCUUUAGAAAACGUACCUGAAGGACCUUCUAUUUCGUACACAGUGAAGGUUAUGACAGGUAAAGGAGAAGAUAAUGGUACAGACAGUAACGUCUGGGUUGUUAUAUACGGUCCUAAAAAACGGCGUACAGAACGCUUAUUCUUAGAACUGGCCCAGAAAUCACGAUUUGAACCAGGAUCAUUAGAAACUUUUUCAUUGGAAGCCGUGGAUGUUGGUGAAGUUAAACAAGUUGAGCUCGGUCAUGAUGGUACAGCACCAGGUACGGGGUGGUUUGUAAACGAGAUGGAGGUUGAUAUGCCGACUAAAGGAAAACAUUAUCAUUUUACAUGUAACCAAUGGUUAGCUAGAGAUAAGGGAGAUGGAAAAACUAGUCGUAUAUUCAGUGUUAGUGAUGGUCAGAGUUCUGUGGUCUCAUAUAAACCUAUGAUAACAUAUGAAGUAACAGUUUCUACUGGUGAUGUAAGUGAUGCUGGUACUGACAGUAAAAUCACUUUGACGGUCUUCGGUACAAAAGGAUCUACAUCACCAACAGAGUUAGAUAAAAAUGAAGAUCGAUUUGAGAGAGCAAAGGUUGAUUUCAUGAAGAUGGAGUUAGAAGAUGUUGGUGAUGUAAAGAAGAUAAGAAUAGCUCUAGAUGGAAAGGGUAGUCGACCAACAUGGAAUCUUGAUAAGAUUGAGUUACGAAAUAUGAAGACUGGUGGAUUAUCUGUAUUCCACUGUAGAGAUUGGUUGAGUAAAGAAACAUCUCUAACUCGUGAUAUACCAGCUACUGAACGUGGAAAACUGGUCAUUUCUAAGACUGAUUAUAAAGUGAAAGUAAAGACAUCUGAUAUUAGAGGUGCUGGAACAGACGCCAAUGUUUAUAUUGUAAUGUUUGGAUCAAAUGGUGAUUCUGGUGAAAUACAUCUCAAGAAACCUGACAAUAAUAAAUCACCAUUUGGUAAUAACGCUACAGAUGAGUUCACACUAAAUGAUUUAUUGAGUUUAGGAGAAUUGAGUAAAGUUCGAGUUUGGCAUGACAAUAAAGGCCUAGGAGCUGCAUGGCAUUUGUCAUAUAUAGAAAUAGAAGAUUUAAGUACAAGAAAAGUUUAUAUGUUCCACUGUGAUAAAUGGUUAUCUAAAACUGAAGAUGAUAAACAGACUAUUCGAGAGUUAACUUGUAGUAAUGCUGCUAAACCAGGCGGCACUGGUAGUAGUAAGGAUAGAAUCACAUAUGAUAUUGAAAUAUCUACUACUGAUAAAAGAGAUGGUGGUACCAUGCAUAAUGCCUGGAUGAUUCUCGAGGGUACAAAACGUAAAUCAAAAACAUUGAUGUUCGAGAACAGUCCACAGAAUAAAAUCCUGAGAAGGGGUAAUACAGAUCAUAUCAAGAAAGACUGUUUGAAUCUAGGGAAAUUAAAAACUUGUACAUUAGGAGCUGUAGAAAGAGAAGAUAGACCUAUAGAAGAUGCUUCAGGAAAGGCAGCCGAGUGGCAUUGUCAUGAAGUCAUUGUUACAGAUACCUCAACAGGCGAUAGAUAUAUUUUCCCGUGUAAAACAUGGAUACCUAUCUGUACUAAGAUCUCGAUGAAAGAAGCCGAAGUAUUGACGGUAAAGUCUGUAGAGGAGGGGCAGGUUGCUGUCGUUAGAAAUUUAGCGCCAAUAAAAUAUGAAGUUGUUGUCUACACUGGUGAUGUCAAAGGAUGUGGAACCAACGCUAAUGUUUCAAUAACUUUAUUUGGUGCUAAUGGAGAUACAGGCACAAGACCUCUUAAACAGAGUUUCCGUGAUCUCUUCGAAAGAAAUCAAGUUGAUAAAUUCCAAAUAGAGGCUCUUGAUUUAGGUGAAUUAUCGAAGAUUAAAAUAGAACAUGAUAAUAGUGGUUUCCGUCCUGGUUGGUUCCUAGAUCGUGUUGAAGUUAACAACAUGGCCACAAAUAAAACAACAACAUUUAAUUGUAAUAAAUGGUUUGAUAAAGAUAAGGGAGAUGGUGAAAUCUGUCGGGAACUAUUUCCAGCCCAGGACUAACUUAAUUCCUCCCUAGAACCAACUAAAUUCCUACCAAGGACCAACACUUAUGAGACCAUCACUAAACCACUUUACAUCGAUGACAAUUGCCUCUAAAAUCGACAAUUCCAAACAAGGACUAGCAUAUGUCUCACAAAGUAUUUAAAAGAUUUCCAUACCAAGACGGGUCUAGCCAAGGAAUAUAUCCUUUCCAAUGAAGAAUAUACAUUUUUCCACAAAUGACAUAUCGGUAGUUUGCUUUCUGCCAAGCCUUAGCCUAAUUUUUAUCAGGGCCUUACUUCAUUCUACCCAGUCGUUCAAUAUUUAUAUGUACAUAACAAAUAUAUUUAAGUGCUAGACAUGUAAAGUGUACAUUUCGAUCAUUCAAUAUCUUUUCGUUGUGGGAUUUCUACAUAAAUUUUAAUAUUAUGUUCUUUAAAUUAUGAAAAGUCUUCACUGAUUCCCAAAUUGCCUUCAGGUAUCAUCUUGGCUCAAACCAUCUUUAUUCUUUUUCUGUUAUAUUCUCAUGGAUAUGUGUAUUUUAGAAUGUUUUAUUGUAAAUACCUGGUAUAUAUUUAUAAUCAUUUCAUUUCUACACAAAAGAUCACAAUGUGCCAUUCCAUAUUAAUGUUGUGUUGUAUUAUUUUGUUGUCUUACAUUUUAAUCCAAAUUUGUACAUAUUUAUUAAUAUAUUAAAUGUAGUUAUGAUAUUUCAGGUCAUUAAUACAUGAAUUACAAUUUGAAAAUAAUUAGAGUUAUAUUGUAGAAAUUUUAAGUUUUAACUGGGAUAAUGGUACUUGAUUAUUUUUUGACUUUUGUAUAGGUUGCAAUAAUGAUUUUAAUUAAAUAUUUAUUUCCACUUGUUCAACAUUUUAAAACAAUUUAUCCCUACUAUUUUUUAUUAUACUAAAAUAGAAUCAUGUAUUGCUUCUAUAUUACUAUUAUAUAUGAAUAUUUUCUAAUUAUAUGUAACCAUGUCUGAACUUCACAAUAUAGUAAAGCCUUACCAAUUUAAUUUUCUGUUUUUCGCAACAUGAACACCUGUAAAAUUAUUCCAGGGUAUUUCUUUGGGAAAAAAAUUUAUUUAAAAUAAAAAAAGAAAUUGGUUGCAUGAUCCAAAACUUUUAGUUCCAAAUUUUUAAGUUUUGAGAUUUUAAACAAAGUAUCUUUCACUUAAUUCAUGUGGCUAUUUAUUUAUCAAGCCUCUGAAAAACAGAAAAUUAAAUUGGUGGAGCCUAUUUAUUAUAUAGAGCCUUAUUAAUAUUUAUAGGAUCUGUCAUUUACUGAUACCCUUGUUAUGUUAAGUCAAUGUAGGCUCCAUUAAUUAUUGUUAAUAUAAAACUUGUGAUAAUUUUAUUUAUAACAGUUAUUUUAAACAUUUCUAUCCAGGGUUGUGAUACCAAUAAUCAAAAUGUGAAUAAACUAAUAUUUAUAUGUAGUACAUAGAUUUCAUCUUUUUGAAGAUUUAAAUUUUAUAUAUAAGAAUUUAUUUUCUAAAUGUUAUAUGCUUUUUAUCUUGAUACGAGAAAGAUUUAUCUUUCGAUAAGCUCUUAGUCAUUUUGGGUUACCUGGUUUUAUCAUUCAUUUAGGGGAUACUCAAUUGAACAUUCCAGAAUUAAAUUUUCUCAAUUCCAAAAAUAAUGACAAUCGAGUGAAAUGGGUUAUUUUGGGCUACAGUGCAUGCACCGACUGAAUAAGAUAAUAUCUCAACCAACCUUGCAGCAUCACAUAUUCGUUCUUUAAUUACAUCAAGAUUCCACUCAAAUCACCUCCAUUUUUGGAACUUGCAGAACUUUGAAAUUCACAUUGAUUGCAAUUCUAUCAAUUCUGGAUGUUAUGGACUGACAUUCGAGCAUGCCCAAAGUGUCUGUUAUGGGGAGGUAAAUCUGGGUAACAUUUGAUGGCUUGAUUUCAGAUCUGAUAUAACACACCAUUACUAAUAAAAUAUUUUUAUGAUAUAUAUUUUAAAAAAUUGUCAUUUUAGUCAUUAUAGAAUUUUAUUUAUUUUUUCUUCUAGGCCUUAGAUUUCGCUUCCUUAGAAUUGCUCAAUCUCACGUAUGCCUCAUUCUCUAUGAUCUCCUCUGCAUUAAGCCAUAAUAAGUUUUAUAUAUUCAUUACUGUAACUUUAGAUAUGCUAAAACUGAUAGCUAUUUCGACCAUGUAGUUAUAAAUAUUGAGCUCAACUGUAUAUAACUGCUGUGUCAUCUAAAAUAUUUAUUAGUAUAUUUUAUAUUAUAUCAAGUAACAAGAAUAAAUUAAAGUUAUUAUUAAUGCUAUUUUUAAACAUUCGCAUAUUUUUGUAUUUAUUUUCGAAGAUUAUUAAUAAUUAUAAACAAAUUGCAUUUCGUCUAACGUUUUUUUUUUCUGUAUUGGGGAAUAUUUGUUUUGAUAUUUUAAGUGGGUAUUUAAUUAAAAUUCCACGAAUAGUAACAAUCAAGUAAACACAAGAAUAAGAAAAUAUCUCUCUCAAACCAUCUCUUUAUUAAGAAAUAUGUAUAUCAAUAGAUUUAUGAACUGCUGUUGACUAAAUCAGUAUAAUAUAAAGCCUUUUAUUUAGAUAUUAGAACAUUAUAAUAUAUAGAUUUAUUUAUAGAUUUAUUAGUUUAUGAUAUAUAUUAUCUAUUGUAUAUCCAAUAAGUAAACUGCUAAUAGAUGACCAAAUAUAGAAAUAUUUUUAAGUGUACAUCUUACAGUUCUGUUUGUGGUUCAAAUGAUAUCAACAAUAAAGAAAACAUAACUGUGUAAUUAUUAAUUGAUGGAUAUCCCUAUUCACUGACCAAUUCAAAGGGGUUUUCUUUUGAACAUUCCACAUAGGCCAAUUUCAUAUUUACAAAUUGUUGACAUUGUGAUAUACUCUAUGGCAUUCCAGGUACAAAUAAACCACUCUUGACUCUAAAAAUACACAUUAUUUUCAAACUUUCGCCUGGAUAACCUAGUGCAAUGUCAACAAUCUGUUUAUUAAUAGCCCAAGGUUACAAUCACAAAGUGGAGAUAUCCUUCUAUGAAAUUUAAUUAUUCUCACGAACCCCUUGUAAGAAAUCAGUGAUUGAUAAUUUUUUUUUUAUAACUGUCUAAAGAUGUCUAGAAUAGAACCAUGGACAUCUUGAUUAUAAUGUUCAUGAUAGAACUAUGUCAUAACCUCUUCAGACUUCUACAAAGAAACUGAGGUGUUCUUUCAUUACCUGAUCUGAUCACUUGCUGUAGAUUGUAUAAUAAACAAACAUCCUGCCUUUUUUUCUAGAUUAUUUAUUUAUAUUCAGAUAUCUAGUGUAUUGGUUAUCUUGUUAUUUAUAUUAAUUUUAUUAAAUAAAUAUUUAUUAGACAA